AUGGCUCAGGAUCACCCAGAUUCGCAGCUCUUCCCACAUGCAACCGGAGCUGCUGCACAGAUGGUGAAGGAGCAUGAGAAGGAAGAGCCGUUGAAACUCUACUCGGGAUGGUUUUGUCCCUUCGUCCAAAGAGUACUGCUUGUGCUGUUGGAGAAGAACAUCCCCUUUCAAUACAUCGAGGUCAACCCGUAUCAUAAACCAGAGUCUCUCCUCAAACUCAAUCCUCGAGGACUCGUGCCAACUCUGCAAUACGACAACAAACCUCUUUACGAAAGCACAGUCAUCUGUGAAUUUCUAGAGGACGCAUACCCAUCCGCAAGCCCGCACCUCCUACCCUCUGAUCCUUACACCAGAGCCCAGACCAGGAUUUGGAUUGACUUCGUGACUUCACGCAUCAUCCCCGCCUUCCAUCGCUUCUUGCAACACCAGUCUACGUCAAGCACCAGCAUUGACACCGUGCGCAGCGACUUUCUUGAUACGCUGAAGCGAUUCACUGAGGCCAUGGACCCUACUGGGCCGUACUUCCUGGGCGGGGAAGUGAGUUUGAUAGAUCUCAUCAUGGCACCGUGGGCGGUGAGACUUUGGGUGUUUGACCACUUUAAGGGAGGAUUAAAGAUUCCCAGAGGAGAAGUGUGGGACAGAUGGGGCAAGUGGCUGAGUGCUGUCGAGCAGCGGAAAAGUGUUGUUGAGACGACGAGCGAGACCAAGCAUUAUCUGCCCAUCUAUCAGAGAUAUGCGGAUGAUACUGCGCAGAGUGAGCUAGCUAAGGCGACUAGAGAAGGGAAGGGUGUACCUUGA